UUCUGUUUCUGGGCACCUGUGGAAUCCCUCUCUUCAUGCUGGAGACGGCGCUGGGCCAGUACACCAGCCAGGGCGGGAUCAUGUGCUGGAGGAAGAUCUGCCCCUUGUUUGAAGGAAUAGGCUACGCUAGCCAAAUGAUCAUUUUCUACGGAAGCAUCAGCUACAUCGUGAUCCUGGCCUGGGCUUUCCUGUAUUUAUUUUCUUCCUUCUCUGAAGAUCUGCCCUGGGCCAACUGCAACAACGCGUGGAACACAGAUGCUUGUUUUGUGUUGAACAACUUUAAUGCGAGUGCUAACGGGACGUCA